GGCGGUGUCUCACGGCCUGGGUGGAGUAUUGGCAGAUGGCACAAGUGGACUGGAAGAAAGAGAUUUACUGAAUUAGACAAAAACAACAGGAAUUCUGCAGAUGCUGGAAAUUCAAGCAACACACAUAAAAGUUGCUGGUGAACGCAGCAGGCCAGGCAGCAUCUCUAGGAAGAGGUGCAGUCGACGUUUCAGGCCGAGACCCUUCGUCAGAAUUAAACAAUAUACUUCAAGGAUUACAUUGUGGAUGUGAGAAGAUGUUGGCAGCAGAUAAACGGGUGGUGGAGGAAUGGCUCUCGGAGUUCAAGAUGCUUCCUGAGACCUCCAUAUGCAGUUAUGCUUCAAGUUUAAACUGCAAGAGUACUCUGGUUUCGAAGUUGUACGCAGUCAUUAGUGAAUCACGCAAUGAGUUGUUGGAGCCAGUUUGCCACCAGUUGUUUGAAUUUUAUCGCAGCGGAGAGUUUGAACUCAAGAGAUUCACUUUACAGUUUCUUCCUGAACUAAUAUGGAGCUACCUUUCAGUUGUAUUGGCACGGGACAUGCACAGUAGUGGCUGCAUUGAGGCUCUUCUCCUGGGCAUCUACAACUUGGAGAUUGUGGAUAAGGAUGGAUGUAGCAAAGUGUGGUCUUUUACUGUGCCAUCCCUAUCAAAACCAUCGGUGUACCAUGAGCCUUCUAGUUUUGGUUCUAUGGCACUUACAGAAGGCGCUUUAUCUCGGCAUGGCUUGACCAGAGUGGUACAUACUGGACCUCAUUGUCAAAGGGAAACAUUUACAGCGCAAAACAGGUUUGAAGUAUUGACGUACCUGUUGCUCUGUUACAAUGCAGCUUUAAUCUACAUGCCUUCUCCUUCUCUACAGUCUCUGUGCCAUAUGUGUUCUAGAGUGUGUGUUAGUGGAUAUCCACGGAAGUUGCAGAAGAAAUACGAAAAUGUCAGCAGCAGAAUACCGGUCUCCCCAGAGUUUAUGGUACACAUGUUAACAGCUGUUUAUUAUGCUAUAUAUAAUGGAGAAUGGGACUUGGCUUGCAAAGCUCUGGAUGAUGUGUUGUAUAGAGCACAAUUGGAAAUGUUUCCAGAACCUCUGCUGGUUGGAAAUGCAAUCAAAAAUACAUUGCCCUCGUCUGCCCUAAAAUCUUCAAAAGAUGCACCACGAUGUAUUCAGGUAGAGAUAACUCCAACCUCAUCCAGAAUAUCUCGGAAUGCAGUCACGAGUUUAUCGAUACGAGGACAUCGAUGGAAGAGAAAUGAAGCAACUUUCGAAGUCCAGGAGGAACUCAUGAACAUCACUGAAGUAGAUGAAAGAUUUUAUUCCACGUCUUCCAAUAGAGUUGCGGUAACUACUAAUAACAAAGUAUCUGCUGGAAAGUCCCAAUGGCAACCACUGGGUAGCAAACCAGGCAAAGAAAUGGCAGAUGAAACCUGCCAGGUUCAGCUUGCUCGUAAACACCAGUCUCAAAGAGCUGUGAGUGAGAAUCUUGACCUUUUGUCCAUGAAAAGAUUGACUCUAACAAAUAGCCAGUCUCUACCUAAAUCUGGAAGUCAGAGUCUGGCUAACACUUCGAUGGUGCUCUUCAGUAAGUCAUUUGAACAGGUUAGUGGAGUGUUUAUUGGAAGUAGAAAUGUAGCAGAAUCAAACAGAUUGUCAGCCUGUAGUCUUCAGGAUGAUAGACUUGUGUCAGAUCGUGAACUUCAGGCCUCCAUCACACAACAGAAACAACAAUGUUCAAUGAAUUUUAAUGUUCAUCUCUCAACAGAUAUGUAACUUUGCAACUUGGAUAUUAAAGAAAAUUGUGGUUUUUUUCCAGAAUUUUUUAUUGAGCAGAUAUUUUCAAUUUCUUAAUGUACCUGUGUAAAAUUGAACAAUGAAAAGUAAGGUGCAUAAUGUAUAUAUUAAUGAAUAUUCUAAUUUUGAAGAAUUAGCUCUUUUAGAAUAGUAAAAAACCGUGAACUUCAUUGAAGAAUUGGCCUUGUAAUAUUUUUUCUGUUGUAACCUGUCUAAUUAUUUUUACCACAUUUAAUUGAAUUGUAUUUCAAAGGGAGAAAAAUACUGUAGUACAAAAGCUGUGAGCUUUGAAAUAGCUAUAUACUGUACAUGUAGAAUUUUGAUAUGAAUUUUAACUGGAUCUUUCAGCCUGCAUGCAUUUUUGAAUUUAUGAUCUGUACAUAUGCUUCAGUGCCUUUUUUCAAAGACCUUUUUUUUACAAACAAAUGCUGCUUGAAAUCAGUAAACUUAAACCUAUUCCUAUUUUUGAUAUCUCCUUGCUUUAACAAUCACAAUUUAAUUGUUAAUCUCAAUGUGCUCUAGAAAUUGAAAUGCUAACUUGUGGAACAAAUAAAAGAGUUUGUUGGAAAGUUGCAAAAACCAAUCCCACUCUUGUGGUUCAGGCUGUCACGUUAGUAUUCUGAACAAAAAUAUGCAAUGUUAAUUUGAAGUUUCCAGGCAAAUGGCUUAUUGUGUUUAAAUUGCACAUUAUUGUUCAAUUGUUCAGUUUAGAAAUAGCCUCAAAGCCAAAAUAUAUUUGGAGAAUUAAAUUAAUUGAAAUUAUUUUGCAAAAGAUAACUUCAGGUUUAGCUUCCUUGGACAAAUUGCUGUAUAACUUGAAUCCUAUUAAUUUCUGAAUUGUUUAAAUGUUUUUUCUUAGCAAUAUAUUUCUGAGAGCAGCAAAAGAUUAAAAUAGAUUUUUAAAUAAUAGCUAGACAUACUAUUGCUUUCAGUAGUUACUCAUGCAGUUCUUGCACAGAAGUGGAAUAUAUGCUUUCAAAUUUUAUGGCUUUUUAUUCUGAAUUCAAUAAUUCUUUUUAAAAGAAAGCUGGAUUCUAAGAGCAAAAGAAAAAAACAUGGUCCUUUUUCUUACUUUGUCAAAAGCAAAUUGUGAUUAUCGAAAGAUAAUUUUAUAAAGGACCAUGAAUCACAUCCAUGACUUGGCCUCUGCUGAGAUUCUAAUAAAAGAGACAUGUAGGUAUCAUAUCGCAAGAACUUAAAUAAUUUAAUAAAUGCCAUUACCUUUCUAGGAUACUUGAUUAUAUUUGAGUCUGAUUCUGAUCUGAUAUUAGACAAUAUUCUUGUAUGUUAAGGUAUUGGUUCAGAGACUUUGACAAAUGUUAAUCAUGUUCAGUGCUUUUGGUAAUUAAUAUCCCCAUUAUCAAUUUCCAUGCUUUAUUGUUCCGAUUUAGUCUCUGUAGUUUAAGAUAAUGGAGGAGCCAGUUGCAAUGACCCUAUGUGAAGUUCUAUGAAAUUUGAAGGCUGGAUGAUCAAGGGGAACUA